GGUGCACACUUCCUUCAAACACGUGUUUCACUGGGACAAUAGUGAGUGGUGCACACUUCCUUCGCCCGGCCAAAGAACAAGAUAAAUAGUCCCAUUUAAGAGUUGCUGGUGUAACAAUAGGAAGAAUAUAUUCCACUCCUCUCUUGUACACGCGGCUUAUGAGAUGAACGCUCGUCAAGAAGAACGUCCCCUUCAGCAGCAGGAGGAUCCACAGCCCCCCCACAUUAAAGAGGAAGAGGAGGAAGUGUGGAUGAGUCAGGAGGGAGAGUGUCCUGUAGGGCAGGAGGAGGCUGAUGUCAGCAAGUUUCCACUGACUGUUGUCUCUGUGAAGACUGAAGAGCAUGAAGACAAACCACCUGAGUCCUCACAGCUUCAUCACAGUCCAAACGUCUGUGAAAAAUAUCGUCCACCUGAGCAGCAGGAGGGGUCCUCCAGUAUGGAGCAGAGGAGGUCACAGUACCUCCACGUGAAAGAAGAGGAGCCACAGCCCCCUCACUUUGAAGAUGAAGAAAAACAGCGUCUGUCCCCCCACUUUAUAGAGGAAGACAAGAGACACCUCAUCAGUGUGAAGAGUCAAGGUGAUGAGGUCAAAGGUGAACGUGAGGAGAAGAGAGAGGCAGAGCCUCCAAGCAGCAGUUUAGCAGAAUGUGAUGGAGACCACUGUGGAGGAUCACAAGCAGACAAGCUCUUAGCUCCACUAUCAGAUAGUGAGGACACAACGUCACACUCUCCUGACACUGAUGAUGAAGACUCUAAAGAUGAUAAGACAUGUCACACUGACAACACUCACUUCACUUGUUCUCUCUGUCACAAAACUUUUAAAGACCAUAGUAAUCUGAAAAGGCACAUGAGUACACACACCGGAGAGAAACCUUUUUCCUGCUCAGAAUGUGGGAGAGAUUUUAGACUAAAACACAUGCUGAAAGUACACAUGAGAACACACACUGGAGAAAAACCUUUUUUAUGUUCAAUCUGCGGUAAAGAUUUUACUCAAAAGCACCAUUUGAAAACACACAUGAGAAUACACACUGGAAAAAAACCUUUUUCCUGUUCAAUCUGCGGUAAAGAUUUUACUCAUAGGAACUAUUUGAAAAUACACAUAAGAAUACACACUGGAGAAAAACCUUUUUCAUGCUCAGAAUGUGGUAAAAGUUUUGUAAUAAAUCAAAGUUUAAAAGUACAUAUGAGAACACACACUGGAGAAAAACCUUUUUCAUGUUCAAUCUGUGGUAAGGUUUUUACUCAAAGGGACCAUUUAAAAAAACACAUGAGAAUACACACUGGAGAAAAAACUUUUUCCUGCUCAUAAUGUGGUAAAAGUUUUGUCAUAAUACAAAGUUUAAAAGUAAAUAUGAGAACACAUAUUGGUGAAAAACCUUUUAUAUGUUCAGUAUGUGGUAAAAGUCUGAAUAGAAAGACAGCAAUUAAAAUUAUACAUGAGAAUGCAAUCAGGUGAAAAACCAUACUCCUGUUCAAUCUGCAACAAAAGCUUUGGUCACCUAAACACUCUUACAGUGCAUAUGAGAACACACGCAGGUGAGUAAGUGUUGAGUUGCAGUGUGUGUGGUGAAAGAUUGUCUUCUAAGUACCAGUGUAAGAAACACAAGUGUGCUGGUGAGAACAGCAGCAGCAAAUGAAACUGCAGGAUUUGAAAUAAACUGUCCAGACUUUCAUUUUGACUUUCUAACAACAUCAGCACAUAUAACAUGUGUGACAUCAUUGUUGUUUGUCUAACACAAUCCUGUUAAUAUGAUUCUAACAUUUAUAGAUUAGACACUUCAGAUUAGUGCUUUUAUUUCAGUCAAGUACAUGAGUUAAUAUACACAUUUGUGUAUUUUAAAAUAAACAACAAUUUGACUGAAAGGGUGAAAAUAAACUACAUAAAAUAUUUUACAUACAAUAAACAUUUUAAGUGUAGAUAUUUAUAAUUCAGUUUUAUACUUAUUCAUAAUAGUGUUUUAUAUAAGUUUUUUUGAACAAUGAAGUGUUACAUAUUUUAUUUUCUAAUUGUAGAUGAUUCCAUAGAUGAACUCCUUUAUAUGAUGUACAUAUUUGUUUUACAUGUGUUCAUACCUUUGCUUUUGAGUACACAUAAAUCCCUCUUAGUUCAUAUUUACUGGUUCACAUCUGAAACAUCUUCUGGACCACUUCUGGAAGCAUAUAAUUAUUUACUUUAUACAUCAUUUGAACAGUUGUCUUUUAUACAAGAUCAUUUACUUUUAAAAUGUGUGACUUUAUGAAUCAUUUGUUGGGUCUCUAGAAUCCAUUCUAUUAGUUGUCUUUAUUACUUUUUGUGUAAUAUGAUGAUUGAUGUGUGAUUGUUUUAUAUGUAUGUCCCCAGACUUUUAUGCAAUAAACAAUGUAUGUUUCAACUGAA